UGGUGUUGCGAACAUUUGGCGUUGCGAUUUUUAGAAGUUUAAUAUCGCAUUGCUCAAUUUUAAAAGUAUAUCAUGCAUUUCUCUUAAAUGCCAUUUAAUUAUUGUUAAAAAUAUACAUAUAAGUAGUUAGAUAUAUGUAUCAAGCAUUAAGAAAGUAGAACUUUAGUGCAAAAACUUUCCAGUGUUAAGCUGUAGAUACCGAAUAUGAACAAUUGAUAAUAAUCAAGAGAACAAUAUUAAUUGACAUUCUAUUAUAAACUGAUGAUUCAGUGAGACAUUUCAAGAACAUUUGCCAAUAAUUCAAUAAGCUGAAGAACAUUUUUGAUUAUUAUGAAAGCAACCAUGAAUUUUAUUCUGAUACUUUACGGACUAUUGACCAUAUGGAUUAAACAAGGUACUUGUGAUCUAAACCGUAAGGAUGCCAGAGGACCAGUAUUCCGAAUGGAACCCCCCUCUAGAGUCGAAUUCUCCAAUAACAGCGGAACAGAGCUCCGCUGCAGUGCCGACGGAUACCCGUCACCCAGGCUGACCUGGUUGACUAGAGAAGGCACUCCUGCCAGAGAUGUGCCUGGGCUACGCCACACCAGGUCAGAUGGCACCCUGGUGUUCUCACCCUUUCCCAGGUCAGAGUACAGGCAGGAUGUUCACGAUGCUGUGUACCAGUGUUCUGCUUCAAAUCCUGUUGGCGUUGUACUGAGUAGAGAAGUUCAUGUGAGAGGAGUGAUCAAGCAACGAUUCGAUCCUCAAGUGUACGAUGACUUCGUGGUAAGAGGAAACACAGCUGUGCUGAAAUGUCAUCUGCCAACAUUCGUCAGAGAAUACGUCACCGUAGAUUCUUGGAUCAGAGAUGACAAGCAAGUUUUGAAAAGGAAUGACAUGAAAGGAAGCUCAUACACUGUUCUAAAUUCCGGUGAACUUUUGAUUCAUGGCGUUCUGGAAAAGGACUCCCAGCGGACUUUCCACUGCCAGACACGCCACCGGCUGACAGGGGAAAUGGUUAUGAGCGUCAGCGCCGGCAAAAUUGUCGUCACAGAACCCCAUGCAUCGACUCUGCCAAGAGUAACUUUCAGUCAACCACAAGUUCGAACUGAAGAAGGAUCCUUCAGUCAACUGCCUUGCGUAGCUCAAGGGAAUCCCCCACCAACUUACAGGUGGAUGAAGGAUACAAAUGGUAUUUUGAAAUCAAUUGAAGAGAAUGGCCGAAUUUGGGUAAACCAAGGAACUUUGAAUAUCAAAAAAGUCCAGAGUUCGGAUGGCGGCAAAUACCAAUGCAUCGUGCGAAACAGCAUUGGUGAAAGACGCAUUGAAAGUGUUCUAGUGGUCACAGCACCCUUGAUUGUGAACAUGCGUCCUCCUCGCCAAGUCUUGAAUAUCGGCCAAGAAGCAACUUUCAACUGCAACGUCACCGGGUAUCCCGUGCACACCAUCACUUGGAAAAAAGACCAACGACAGCUGGCCUCUUCUAGCAGGGUCAGACUCCUGUCACGAGACGUGCUCCACAUCACGUCUGUGCGUCGUGACGACAGAGGCAUGUACCAGUGUUUUGUCUACAAUGACCAGGAUGGAGCCCAAGGCACAGCUGAGCUGAAAAUAUCAGAUGUGCCACCUACGCUGAUAUCCGCUUUUCCAGAGCACACCGCUCAUUCUGGUGACACCAUCUCUUUGAAGUGUGUCACCACAGGAAACCCGAUCCCUCGCAUCACGUGGUAUCUGGACGAUAUACCCAUUGACCAAGGACCUCGGGUGACUACAGUCGACAGGAUAGGUGAUCUGGGUCAUGUGACAAGCAUCCUGAACAUCACCGAAGCACGUGUGGAAGACAGUGGCGAAUACCGCUGCCAGGGAGAGAAUGAUGUCGGGUCGACCUUCCACGCCGCUCGACUCAAUAUCUAUGGUCCACCUUUUGUCAGAGCCAUGAGAAAUGUAACAGCAGUAUCGGGCGAAGACUUGACCAUUCGUUGUCCUUAUGGAGGGUAUCCUAUCAAAGGAAUAAAAUGGUAUAAAAAUGGAGUUCUUCUUCCAUUAAAUCACCGACAAAAAGUGAACCACGGUGGCACAUUGACCAUUCAGAGCGUUCAGAGAUCUGCUGAUAAAGGCGAAUAUAGCUGUUCUGUCAAAAACAGCGAUGGGCAGUCAGCAUCCGGAGCAACGUACGUCUCCGUCGUAGUUCCGCCAGUUAUAGAUCCUAAUUAUUACCGAGAAAGUAUAACAGUUGAUGAAGACGCUCGAACUAAACUGAUGUGUGUCGUCACCAAAGGAGAUCCGCCCAUGCGAUUUCAUUGGUUGAAAAAUGGCCAGACGUUUUUGGCACAUGGUGAUACGACAGUUCAAACAUUUGAAGAUACUUCUAUCGUGACCUUCAAGAAGGUUGCUUCAAGUGACAGAGGUCAAUAUACCUGUGUUGCCACCAACAUUGCAGCAUCUACUAAUAGAUCGAUGCAACUUGUUGUUAAUGUUCCGCCACAAUGGACAGUUGAACCAAACAAUGCAUCGGUCAUUCUAGGGCAGAGAGUAUGGAUUGAUUGUGCUGCUGUCGGCUUUCCAGCUCCAAGUAUCUUGUGGAAGAAGCUUAUACACUCUGAGAGCAGCAGCGGCGACUUUACGUAUGUGCAUUCCAAUCCACGUGCUCAUCGCUUCAAUAACGGAACUCUGGUCUUAUCCGACGUCGAAGAAUCUGACGCGGGAUCUUAUCUUUGCCAGGCAACCAACGGAAUUGCUGCUGGACUCAGCAAGAUUAUUACUCUGCAAGUCUUGGUUCCUCCAAAAUUCAAGGAAUCCUUCCAAACCAAAACUGUGACUGAAGAAUCUAACACAACACUCAGAUGUAUAGCAACUGGUCAUGCGCCUAUUGUGAUCACUUGGCAAAAGGACAAAUCGCUAAUAGACAUUAGUAAAAGGGGAAGAUUUUCAAUACGUGAUAUUUCGGACCCCCGCCAGACGAUGUCGGAACUUCAAAUUCUGAAAACCCACCGAAGCGAUACGGGGACGUAUAGCUGUUCUGCUGUGAGUGACAUUGGAACGGAUGAAGCGACCAUACAGUACAUCGUUCAAGGUAGACCCGAUUCUCCAACUGAAAUCAAUAUAGUGAAUGUGACGAGUCGAACUGUUACACUGCAAUGGGAAGUGAAGCAUGAUGGGAACAGUCACGUGACUGGAAGCGUUGUGCAAUAUCAGUCAAUAUCAGAUUCCAGCUGGAAUGGUCAAACAUCUCAAUUGAUAGUCUCUGGCUCGGAAAAUAUGGCAACCCUAAGAGCUCUCUCACCAGUCACCUUGUACUUCAUUCGUAUCGUAGCAGAAAACGCUCUGGGGCACAGUGCACCAAGUGAAGUCAUUAAUGUCACCACGGCUGAAGAAGCUCCUUCUGGACCUCCAAGAGAUGUACAAGUUCACUCAACAGGUGCACAGUCCAUGAAAGUUUCUUGGAAGCCUCCUCCCGAUGACGUAACAAACGGAAUCAUCAAAGGAUAUUACAUUGGAUAUAGAAUUUCAUCGACUUCCGAACCUUACACCUUCAAGCAAGUGGAACGAUCUGCUGAAGGCCAACAGCAAUCGACUUAUAUAACUGGACUGCAACCUUUCACCAAAUACGACAUCGUCGUCAAAGCUUAUAACUCAGCUGGAGCGGGGCCUAAAUCAACUAAAGUAACAGGGAAAACACUUGAAACUGCUCCUCCUACUUCUCCAGUUGUGCAAGUGGUUAGCUCGACUAAAAAUUCCAUCGAUAUCAAGUGGGAAAAAGAUCCGAAAGAUAAAUCAGCAAUAACAGAAUAUACUUUACAUUACAAAACGGAUGAUGGCAACUGGCAGCACGAAAGGCUGAGCAGCGACGUCGAAAAGCACACCCUGAGGAAUCUUCGCUGUGGCACAAGAUACCACCUGUAUAUGACAGCUUCCAACAGCUUGGGAACUGGGGAACCAAGCGAAGCUGUUCCUGCACGCACUAAAGGAGCAGCUCCUAUGUCGCCACAAGGGUCGGUCUUUCUCCAACCCAACAGUACCUCAGUCACCUUGAAAUUGGGCGCGUGGCAGAGUGGGGGCUGCCCAAUCCGUCACUUCGCCGUGCAGUAUCGCCCGAAGAACCAAAUGCAGUGGACUGUCAUUCAAGACAAACUGGACAUGCCAAGGGACACGUAUGUUGUCAGGCAUCUCUCGCCGGACAGGGAUUACGUUGUCAUGGUAACGGCCCACAGCGAGGCUGGACUCACGCAAGGAGAGUAUUUCUUCAGAACACUUCAUGCAUCCCAAGCAGGCUCCACGUCAUCUCCUGCUUAUGGAAAGAGGGAGACAGAUUUGCCCUUCUACAAGAACGUGGCCUUGGUCAUUCCGGUUGUGGUAUCGUCUCUGGUCUUGGUGAUGGUCAUUUUCAUCGUGGCAGUUUGUCUUCGGAAACACUCACAAGACAGAAGAGAUUAUGAAAUGCGAAAGCCAUGUGGAGACUCCCUGAUGAUGAGCGAUCUUGGUAAACAAGUCACGGAAAAGUCCUCGAAAACAUCUCAUUAUUCUUACCCAUCAAAAAACAAAGGUGAUUAUGCUGAGCCAUAUACUUGCAAUGAAUCCCUUCCACCAAGACAACAAGGCUCAGAUGGACUGUUUGCUACUAUCAAAAGAUGCCCUACAAGGCCUAUUUACAUGUCAACUUCUUACAAACAAGGUACAGAAAUCAACCAGCAGGCGGCACCCCACAAUUCUCCCGGCAAUUUGGAUUCCAACAACUCCGAAAGAUGGCGACACCAAUCAAGCAAUGGGCACAAACCAAUGCGAUGACAAUGCGUGACGUCACAUAGUGAUGAUUUAUCCACUUCAUUGUGUACAUUGCCAUUGAGGGAAACUGUUAUUUGAAUGUGUAAAACUUCUGCUCACGUGAAGCC